AUGUUACUUGGUCUUGAUCCAAAUACCACUGCUGGAUUGAUAACGAAAGCGUUUGAUUCUUAUGGUUUAAAAGUUACAGUUGAUUAUCAACGAGAUGACACUAUAGGCUAUGUUCAUUUACAGCAUCCAAUUGCUAAGACAGUAGCUGAACGUAUUAUGAGCAGUGGUGGGCUUAGGAUUAGUACUGAAGUUUCUGUACUGCGUGCUUUGGAAGAAAAGGGCAAAGAAAAAGCUUCUAAAGCAGAAGAAACGAAGUAUCGAAAACGCAAAAAGAAUGUUAGAAAUGAAACAACUAGAACAAAACGUUGCAGUCAAAGUUCGACUUAUUCAUCAUUAGAUAGUAUAGGGGAUUUCGUUAAUUCUACAAAAGUUCCUGCCUACAAUAUUCUCAUUCACCAAUCAUCGAAAGGAGAAGCGGAAAUUGUCGAUCGGUCAAAAAAGUUUCGAGACUUUUUGAUCCCAACAUCUCAAAAUCAAAAAUCUUUUUCUAACAACACUUUUGGGUUUAACAGCAAUCCAUUUUACAAUAUUCCGUAUCACCAAUCACCACUUAGGCAGGAACUCAAGUUGGAAAGCAAGGACGAAGCGGAUGAA